AUGAGUGAGCUAGUAACGCGGAAGAUCGGCGGAGGUUCAGGGGUCAAGGACGGGGGUUUAGCGGCGAAGAACGUGAACGGUAAGGGCAAAGGCGCAGCUAAUGCACCAUCAGUAGCGGUGGCGGCAGCGGCAGCGGCGGCGGCGGCAGCGACGUCACAGAAGCGGAAACUACCGUCGUGGGCGGAGGGGAAGGGGCCGGGGGCAGCGGUGGUGAAGGGCGCGGAUCAAGUAGUGGCGGCCCCCGGCCACGCGCGCGACUUUUCUUUCCGCCGCGACGUGCAAGCAACGUCACUCUUCCGUUCCAUACCAGUGCUCGCACAAGACAUCUACGCGCGCUUCCCCGGGAAGGUGGUGUACCGCCGCGAGCGCAAUGGGGUGGAGGCAGCAGCGAGGGAGCUCUAUGCAGCUGUUAAGAAUGGGGCCAACGACAGCAGCGGCAAAGUGGCGGUGGGGCUGGACUGCGAGUGGAAGCCCACGUGGGGGAAAGGCCCGGAGAAUCCCUGUGCACUGCUACAGCUCUGUGCCAACGCGGACGUCUGUUAUCUCUUCCAUCUCAAGUUCACCGGAGUUCCCGAGACUCUCCGUGCAUUUCUCAAGGAUGCUAGCGUGGUCAAGACAGGUGUAGGUGUGACAGAGGACGGCCGGAAGCUGAGGAAAGAUUUCGGUGUUGAGGUGAAUGGGCUGGUGGACUGUUCGCCUCUAGCACAGGAGAAGGCAGUGGUGCCGGAUGGAGGGCAGAUGGUGGGGCUCAAGACGCUCACCCGCCUUGUGCUGCAGAAAGAGCUCGCCAAACCAAAGAGAGUCCAGUGCAGCAACUGGGAGGGCUUCCCUCUUACUGAUGCCCAGCUUAUUUACGCGUCAACAGACGCGUUUGUGUCGCUGAGAAUCUUCCAGGAACUUGACGCCAUGCCGAGCCCGUGGGAGGGAGGAAAUGGACAUGUGUCGGCAGCAGUGGCAGAAUCUGCGAUGGCUGUAUCGGUGGCAGCUGCUGCAGCAGCAGCAGCAGCAGCAGCAGCAGCAGCAGGAGGAGAAAGAGAAGAGGAUGACAAAAAGGAGAGGCAGGAGAAGACGAAUAAAGAGACAGUAGGAAAGCAGAAGGGGAAGGAGAGGGAGGAAAAGAAGGGGAAGGAGGGGGAGGAAAAGAAGGGGAACGAGGGGAAGAAGAGCGCGAAUGGGAAGGAGGGGCAAGCAGAUGUGGAAGCACAGACGGGGAAGAAGAGCAAGAGGAAGCAGGAGGCACCCGAGGAGGGCAUGAGCGCAGCAAGAGCAGAUGCUGGUGAAAGCAAAGCAGCAGAGGCAGACGGACCGAGAAAGAAGAGAAGAAAGCAAGGGAGCGCAGGGGAAGGCAAGGGUGAUGGUGGGAGCAGCGGCAGCAAGGUGGGGAGCUUGAAAGAAGCUGCUGCAGACACGGCGAGCAGGUGGAUGGAGCUGAUUAAAAAGGCCACCACACGACAAAAGUAG